GCGCAGCACCAACUAUCAAAAGUUGUGGUUCUCAUAAAUUUGAUUCAUCAAUGAGUUCAACUGAUAUUUGUAAACAAAUUUAUGCAUUAAAUGGAAAUGAAACAUGCAAACCUGAAUUGGAAUAUGAUUUCAUGUCAAUGAAUGUUGAGUUUGAAUAUGUUUGUCAUAAUUCGAAAUAUGUGAAGCAUAGCAUAUCGAUUCAAAUGAUUGGUGCUGUUGUUGGAUCACUUAUCUUUGGACAACUCAGCGAUUUAUAUGGAAGAAAACCGGUAUAA